AUGUUGGGAGUGCGCAGACCGAGUUUAGUCCGACAAAUGGCUUUCCGUCAAGACUCGAAAGAAGCGGAUUUGACCGUUCGACACAGUCAUCUGGCGCCCCCGACUGUCCCGCCAGACAGUCCACGACCUCAGAAGGAUACUAAAAGUGAUCUUAUUGGUUCAUCUAUGAUGGUCACCAUGAAAGUGCCUGAAACAAAGAAAGGUGAGAGUCUUCUAUCGUUGCAAAAUACCGUUUUCGAAACUUAA